AGCUGAUUCCUCACCAGGAUAUUAUGGUCUCAUUUAUUGUAAAACAUCCAGCAUACAAGCUUGUACCUAUCCAAAACGACAUUGCCAUACUCUAUCUUGAAGAAAAGGUGGAGUACCAACCACACAUUCAGCCGAUCUGCCUACCUCAAGCAACGGAUAGCUUUGAUGGCCAGCGGUGCAUCGCAAACGGAUGGGGAACUGUACAAGGGACCUACGCGACCAUUAUGAAGAAGAUCAGUCUUCCCGUGGUCCCACGAGCCAGAUGCGAAAGGAUGCUUCAAUUUGCCGGCCUUGGACCAUUCUAUCGUCUUCCGCAAGGAUUCAUGUGUGCCGGUGGAGAAGCCAACGUAGAUACGUGCAAAGGAGAUGGUGGUUCCCCAUUAGCUUGCAAGCACGCAAAUGGAAGUUUUGUGCUAGCAGGAAUUGUAUCUUGGGGCAUUGGCUGUGGAGGACAAGAUCGUCCCGGUGUUUACGUCUCGGUUAGCAAUUAUGUAAGUUGGAUAAAUGAACAAAUGGAUAGAAUGACGAUGCUACUAAGAAUCGAAGAAUGCUUCAAUGAAGUUCAAAGCACGAAGGCGUAA